CAGCUCCGGAGCGGACGCUUGCUUCGUGCUGUGGCAGCUGAUUCGGAGCGCGGCGGACUACGAAAAGGGAGGAAGGGUCUGGCAGAGCACCCCUGCCCGCCAUGAAGCCCCCCGCAGGCGCUGCGGGUUUGUCCUUAGCAUGUGCUGGAGAUGCCCCGGAUGCCGGUGCUGCCAUCAGCGCCCUGCGCUGGGACCUGAGCGCCUCGCAGAUGGCUGAGCUCACAGAGCAGCUCAUUGAGCAGACUAAGGCCGUGUACGACCGCGUGGGCGCCCAGCGCCAGGAGGAUGUCACCUAUGACAGCACCCUCAAGGCGCUGGCUGAUGUGGAGGUGGCCUACACAGUCCAAAGGAACAUUCUAGACUUCCCCCAGCAUGUGUCUCCAUCCAAGGACAUCCGGGCGGCCAGCACUGAAGCAGACAAGAAGCUGUCGGAGUUUGACGUGGAGAUGAGCAUGAGGCAGGAUGUGUACCAGAGGAUCGUCUGGCUGAAGGAAAAACUCCCUGAAGGAUCCUUGAGACCCGAGGCCUCCCGAUACUUGGAGCGACUCAUCAAACUGGGCCGGAGGAAUGGGCUGCACCUGCCUUCCGAGACCCAAGAGAAGAUCAAGAGCAUCAAGAAGAAGCUGAGUCUGCUGUGCAUCGACUUCAACAAGAACCUGAAUGAGGACGCCACCUUCCUGCCCUUCACACGAGAAGAGCUGGGGGGUCUCCCAGAUGACUUUCUGAACUCGCUGGAGAAGACAGAGGAUGAGAAGCUGAAGGUCACCCUCAAGUACCCGCAUUACUUCCCGCUCCUGAAGAAGUGCCACGUGCCUGAGACGCGCCGGAAGGUGGAGGCGGCUUUCAACUGCCGCUGCAAGGAGGAAAACACUACCAUUCUGCGGGAGCUGGUGGCACUUCGGGCACAGAAGAGCAGCCUGCUGGGCUUCCGCACUCACGCCGACUAUGUGCUGGAGAUGAACAUGGCGCAGAAUGGCCAGGCUGUGGCCACCUUCCUUGACGAACUCGCCCAGAAGCUGAUGCCUCUUGGGGAGCAGGAGCGCGCAGUGAUGCUGGAGCUGAAGGAGGCCGAAUGUACUCAGCGGGGGCUGCCCUUUGAUGGCCGCAUCAAUGCCUGGGACAUGCGCUACUACAUGAACCGCGUGGAGGAGACGCGCUACAAUGUAGAUCAGAACCUACUCAAGGAGUACUUCCCCAUGGAGGUGGUCACACGUGGGCUACUGGGCAUCUACCAGGAGCUGCUGGGUCUUAGCUUCCAGCUUGAGUCAGGCACGGCUGUGUGGCAUGAGGAUGUGCUGCUGUACGCGGUGCGGGACGCGGCCUCGGGUACGCUCAUCGGCAAGUUCUACCUGGACCUGUAUCCGCGGGAGGGCAAGUACGGCCACGCGGCCUGUUUCGGCCUGCAGCCUGGCUGCCUGCGACCUGACGGGAGCCGGCAAGUAGCGGUGGCCGCCAUGGUGGCCAACUUCACCCGGCCCCGGCCCGACGCGCCUGCACUGCUGCAGCAUGAUGAGGUGGAGACCUACUUCCAUGAGUUCGGCCAUGUCAUGCACCAGCUCUGCUCACAGGCGGAGUUUGCCAUGUUCAGUGGGACGCAUGUGGAGCGGGACUUUGUGGAGGCGCCGUCACAGAUGCUGGAAAACUGGGUGUGGGAGCCUGAGCCAUUGCUGCGCAUGUCCCAGCACUACCGGCAGGGCAGCGCUAUCCCCCAGGAGCUGCUGGACAAGCUCAUCCGGUCCCGGCAGGCCAACACAGGACUUUUUAACCUGCGCCAGAUUGUGCUGGCUAAGGUGGACCAGGCCCUGCACACUCAGACGAAUGUGGACCCCGCCGAGGAGUAUGCCCGCCUCUGCCAGGAGAUUCUGGGUGUCCCUGCCACGCCAGGGACCAACAUGCCUGCGACCUUUGGACACCUGGCGGGUGGCUACGAUGCUCAGUACUAUGGCUACCUGUGGAGCGAAGUGUUCUCCAUGGACAUGUUCCACACGCGCUUCCGGCAGGAGGGUGUGCUCAGUAGCAAGGUUGGCAUGGACUAUCGGAAUUGCAUCUUGCGACCCGGCGGCUCCCAGGAUGCCAGUGACAUGCUGAAGCUCUUCCUGGGUCGAGAGCCCAAGCAGGAUGCCUUCCUCCUGAGCAAGGGGCUGCAGCCGGAUGGCAGCUUGGAUUCGGGCCAGACGGGGGCCAGCUGACGACCUGAGACUCCAGGGCUGGUGGGGAGUUGGGGACAGCAGGGGGCCAGCUGAUGGCUCCAUGGCUCAGGGGCUGGUGGGGGACUGGGGCCAGCAGGGGGACAGUGAUGGCCCAUGGCUCAGGGGCUGGCGGGAGACCGGGGUCACCUGGGGCCUGUCUUCAUUGCACAUAUGCAGCCCCUGGCAGGAAGCUGUUCUGCCUAAGGGGCUGGCAAGGUCUUUGCCAUGUGGCCAUUAAAACUCUUAAGAACUGUA